GUGAAGUGAGGUUUAAUGCGUGUGCACCUCUGCGGCGUAUGUUAGCAGGGGCGCCAAAUUCAGUUAUUUUCUGUUUGAAAAAGAGAGAGAGAGAGAUGCGACAAAUUCAGUUAUUCAGUCUCUUUUAGUUGCGCUAAUUUUUCAAUCUCAGAUAUAAAUCAUCUUCUUGAAACUUUUAUUUUCAAGAUUCGCUCAAACUUUUCAAAAAUUAUCUCUCUCUCUCUGGUUUAAUAGCAAUGGCUGACGAUGAGCCGGAGAAAGGGUCUACGACGGAAGAAAGCAACGAGGCAGAGAAAGGGUCUACGACAGAGGAAAGCAGCGAGGCGGAGAAAGGGAAUACGAUUGAAGAAAGCAGUGAGCCGGAGAAAGCAGUAGAAGAAAACACCGCUAAUCUCUUAGAAAGAUACUCGGAGCAGACGGUGCUUCAAUUGCUACAAGAAGUAGAUAAAUCAGCUUCACCGACAAUUGACUGGCAUGAAAUGGUGAAGAACACUAGGACUGGAAUUUCCAACGCAAGGGAAUAUCAAAUGCUUUGGCGCCAUCUCGCCUAUGGCCACGACCUAAUCGAUCAAUUGGAUGAUUCAAACCCUUUGGACGAUGACAGUGAUUUAGAGCAUGAAAUUGAGUCUGAUCCAGAGGCUAGCCCUAAGUCUAAAGCAGAGGCUGCAGCAUGUGUCAAUGUUUUAGCUACUUCUGAACAUCCAAUAAUUCAUGAGCCAAACUCGUCGACUGUAGAAGCUCCAUUGACAAUGAAAGUAGCAAAGUGGAAGAGGCAUUCUGAUAGUUCCCUUCCUGAUACUAUAGAGGAGAAACUUGUUACCAUUACUGUUCCCUUACCAAACGACGAAUUAUCUGCAAGUGAGACAUCAAGUGCUGAUGCUCCCUCUCCAAGAAAAACAAGGGUGGUUUGGACUGCAGUAGAUGAUUUGAGACUCACCAAUUCAGUGCGAAAAUAUGGUGAAAACUGGGAUCUCAUUUCAGGUGUAAAUUUCAAACAUGAAAGAACGGCACAUGAGCUAUCUCGGAAAUGGGCUGCUAUCAAGAGGAGAAGGGCAAGUGCAAGACUUUCUCCUGGUCGUAGGGCUUCUACUCGGACCAUUAAUCUAGUCCUAGCGCGACGUCGUCAGAUGAGUACUACUUCUGCAGCAGCAUCAAAUCCUACUUCAACGAUCAAUGUCGAUGCAGACGUUGGUGGGAGUGGCAGCAUAUCUAACCCAUCAUGUUCUCAGGAUGCUGUUGUUCCUGUCCAAAUGACUACUGGACCUAGUUCACUGACACUUGCUCCCGUGGCGAAUCAACCAUCCAGUAGCCAGGCACAAGGUGAAUCUUUUACGGUUCCAAUAACUACUGAGGAAAGCCCUGAUGGAGAUCAAGCUUCUUCUUCUCUCGAUCAAACUCUGGACCUUAACCAAGCUUUACGAAACCUGGCAACAGAAGACACUGGUGAUCAAGCUUCUAUGUCCUCUUCUCAUCACCGUCAAACUAUGGACCUUGACGCUGCUUUAACAAGCCCAGGAGCAGAAGACACUGGUAAAAAGCAUGGUGAUACCAGCAACAGCAGCACAGAUAAGCCGGAUGCUUAAAGCUUUCAAGGCAGGACAGCACUGGUGAGAGAGAAGAUAAGAAAAGAAGUGUGUACAAUUUGUGAUGGAAAACAGUAUUAUGUUUUACCUUGAAAUGUGAUUGUUGUAGAAUAGUACUCCACUAGCUGGUUCUUUUGCUCAGCUGAGUUUUAGCUUACCAGCUUUAUAAUUCCAGAGAUAACGAAUCUCAAGUGAAACGAAUCGAGCUACUGCAUUUGAUGU